UUUGAGGGCUUUUCGAUUCGAGAAUAUACCUCGAGGAUGAGAAGUGUCAACGCGGUAAAUUGCUGGCCUUUCGAUGAGAGUGAUGAAGAUGUUGUAAAAUCAUUGCUCCCUCCGAUCAUUGUCAAGAAAUUCACCUGGUGGUUCGAUGUACUCAAAUUAUCCCGUUCAGAAUCGAUUAAAAAGGUCGAAUACUCGAAAAAGAAGCAGAAAAAUUUUCAAGAAAAGGGAGAAUCACCACGGAGAUAUCAAGAGUAUAUAGAAGAAUCAGAUUUGGAUGCUGAAGAAUUCAUAGGAGAAGCAGCAAAGUUGAAGGCUUUAAGGGGGAAAAUGAAACCAAGGGUUCCAAAGAAAAGGUCAAUAAAGGAGCUUUUCACGGUGGCGCCACCUGUGGAUAGAGUUAGUACCGAGGAGGAGGAUGAUGAUGACUUUUGCGAUUCCAAGGAAAUUAAAUGGGGUCUCAAAGGAAAGAGGAAUGAGAAGAAAAAGAAGAUUUACUUGAGCAAGUUGAAGAAGCCAAAGAAGAAGAUUAACAAAUUCAAGAAGAAAAGCAAUAAUGAAAUGGAUCUAUCAGUCGCCGAUAAGGUAUGGGAUUCUUCAUAUAUAAUCAUCUCAAAUUCGUCUAUAAAAAGGGAUCUUCUACAUUGUGUACAUACAAAUCUAUCGACUCUGAAUGGAUUAUAUUGAUUGGUUGCAAAAUAUAUGUAAUUUUGAACAUAAAAUAUAGGCCUAACUAAAGUUUUCUUGAUUCUAAGUAGUUAAAAAUGCUUGAUUUUUACCUCUUUUUGCUUCGAAAUUACUGCUGAAAAAUCUGUUCUUGUUUGUGUGGCAAUUAGAUUUGUUCAGUAUAAAGAGAUAAAGUUAAAGAAAAAUAGGAGAAUGAUGUUCUCAUAUUGGAGGGAUUUGAUCAGCUUACAAGGGUAAGAGGGUAUGGUGUUCCAGCUGUGUUGCACGAAUUGGACAGCAAUUUUUUAU